GCAGCUGACGGCUUUCCCUUGGCCUCCACAUGACCGUCUUCUCGCCCCUCGCAUCAAAUCGAGCGUUUGUCGACGCUUUAUUCCUUCGAAACCGACGAAGCACGCGCAAGAAAAAGAUAACGUCCGUGUCUUCCCAUCUCCGAUGCGCUUUUGUCCCCUCGCCCGAUCGCACGCCUAGGUUAAGAGCUUCUCUCCUCCGUCGCUCUCCCUAUCCUUCGACCAGGCCGCCAUGGAAGAGCACUCUGACUUCCGCGACUGGGAGAUGCUCCUCGCCUCUGAGGCGGGAGAGGAUAUUAAGCCCUUACAAGCGUCGUCGGAGGACUCCGAAGACGGCGCCAUCAAGUCUGAUUACUUUACUCUCGACUCCCAGAUACGGUAUCAGAAAGGUGCUUCCUUUGCCCUUGAGGGGGAGGAGGAGGAGGAGCAGGUCGAUUCCGAUAACCCUAGCUGGAUCGACCCAGAAUCUGACUCCAGGUAUCUCGAUCGGCCAAAGGGGGAGGUGGAUUUUCCCGUGAUCGAGUUCCGUCGCAAGGAUUUGGGCGGGUUUUGGUCGGAUGAGUCGUCGGACGGGCAAAGGUCACUUUUUGGUAGCGAAAAGGAGGAAUUUAGCGCCGGAGGUUUGGAGACUGGAGAGAGGGCCGAUGGAGAAGAGGAUGUGAAAGCAGUGGGUCCCGAGGGGAUUGUUGGGAUCGAAGGGACAGAGAUGGGAGCUGAAAUUCCUGACGAAGUGGGAUCCGAUGAACGUGCGAAGACUGAUGAGUGCUACAGUUCUCCAGUUGAAAUGGGCGCUAAGAACAUUCGGUCGGGGAACGUUUUGAAUGGGGGACGAGAGAAGAAAGGGAUGGUUUGGUGGAAGUUUCCAUUUGAGAUUCUAAAGUUUUGUGCUUUCAAGGUGAAGCCAGUUUGGUGUAUCUCCAUUGCUACGGCGAUCUUAGGGGUUUUCAUGCUCCGAAAACGAUUGUAUCGGAUGAAACAAAAGACUAUAAGUAUUCCUCUCAAGGUCAGCCUGGAUGAAAAGAAGGCAUUCCAGCUGAAAGUCAAUGCAUCCCGUCUCAAUGAAGCUUUCUCAGUUGUGAGGCGCGUCCCGACCAUGAGAGCCUCACUACCUUCUGGUGGCUUGAUCCCAUGGUCCGUGGUGGGUCUUCAAUGAGGUGCAUUACGAAUCCACGGAUGGAGGUGUUCCAAACUAGUCACUGGAAGACACCCCCCUCAUCCAAUAUGCAUCUACUUUUUAUGGAAGCCUGGAAACUCUUAUUACUGAAAACAUAUGUGUGUUCUAUAAUCUCACGUAAGCAUAUCAGUAGAUUUCGUAUGGCUUGUAAGCAUUGUUUAUAUGUGAAUGAUGGUCUCUCUUUGAGAUCACUAUAAGUUCUCCAUGGACUGUAGUCUUUUCGCUAGUUGAUUGCAUCUGCACAAGAAUGAGACUGUACAAGUGCAUCAGGUGUAUCAGAUACAGUGUUGGUCAUGUAAAUCACAUGCUUGCAAUUUGCUGUAAAAUUGUGGUAUAUGGAGUUCCAUAAUGUUUGCUUA